AUGCGAACAGCUCUUAUUUUCGUUGCGUAUGAUGGCAUUGAUCAUGUUGAUGUGUUUAUUACAUACAACCUUGGAUCUUUUGAUCAUGACAUUAAAUAUUCAACUGAUUUUUGGCCUACAGCUGUAGCUCUGGGUGAUUUUAAUAAAGAUACCUAUCUUGAUAUCGCCGUUGCUAAUCAAUGGAGCAAUACUAUCAGUAUCCUUCUUGGGUAUAGCGAUGGGUCUUUUACAGAGCAAGUAGAAUAUUCCACUGGCUCCUCGCCACAGUCUGUAGCUGUUGGUGACUUUAACAACGAUACUCAUCUAGAUAUCGUCGUUGCUAAUUUCUAUGGCAACACUAUCAGUGUUCUUCUCGGGUAUGCUAAUGGUUCUUUUGCAAAUCAAACAAAAUAUUCAACUGGCUCUGGUGCACGAUCUGUGGCAGUUGGUCACUUUAACCACGACACUCAUCCGGACAUCGUUGUGGUCAAUAGGAAAGACAACACUGUAAGUGUCCUUCUCGGAUAUGGUAAUGGUUCUUUCACAGAUCAAACUACAUAUUCAACUGGUUCCUCGCCACGGUCUGUAGUUGUUGGUGACUUUAACAACGACACUCAUUUGGAUAUCGUCGUUGUUAAUGUUGGUGACAAUACUGUAGGCAUUCUUCUUGGAUAUGGCGAUGGCUCUUUUGCAAAUCAAAUGAAGUAUUCAACUGGCUCUUCUCCAUUGUCUGUAGCUAUUGGUGACUUUAAUAACGACACCCAAUUGGAUAUUGUCGUUGCUAAUAAUGGUGAUAACACUGUAAGUAUCCUUCUCGGAUACGCCAAUGGCUCUUUUGCAAAUCAGAUUAAGUAUUCAGCUGGUUCUGGCCCAGAUGCUGUAGCUGUUGAUGAUUUUAACAAUGACAACAACCUAGAUAUUGCCGUUACCAACUGGAACGAUAACACUAUGAGUAUUUUGCUUGGACAUGGUAAUGGUGUUUUUGAAAAACAGAUGAUAUAUUCCACUGGCUCUAGUCCUUCAUUUAUAGCUGUUGGCGAUUUUAAUAAGGACACUCAGUUGGAUAUUAUUGUCGUUAAUGCAAAUGGAAAAAGUGUUAGUGUAUAUCUCGGAUAUCCAAAAGAAGGUUUCUCAAAACAAAUGAGACUUAUAACUGGCAAUGGGUCUCGCCCUAGGUCAUUCGCUAUUGGGGAUUUUAACAAAGAUGGUCAAAUGGAUGUUGCAGUGGCGAAUUCAGGCACGAAUAAUAUCGGUAUUUUUUUAAGAUAUGACAAUGGUUCUUUCGCAAAUCAAAUAACAUAUUCAACGGAUUCUUCACCAUGGUCAAUAGCCAUUGGUGAUUUCAACAACGAUGUGAUACUUGAUAUCGUUGUUGCGAACCGUGACAGUGACAAUGUUGGUGUAUUUCUUGGACAUAGUAAUGGGUCUUUUUCAAGUCAAAAGGUAUUUACGACUGGUAUUAACUCUCAACCGAACAUAGCUGUUGUUGGCGAUUUCAACAACGACACUUUGCUGGACAUAAUUGUUGCAAAUUUUGGUACAAACAACAUAGGUGUAUUGCUCAGUUAUGGAAAUGGCUCCUUCACAAAUGUCAAGUUUUUUUCGACUAGUUAUGGAUCUUAUCCAUUCUCAAUUUCUGUUGGUGACUUAGACAAGGAUGGAAAGUUGGAUUUCGUCGUUGCUAAUGAAGGUGUUGACAGUUUAAAUAUUUUUUUACAAACUUGCUAA